GCCAUUCGGUGCCGUUCAGUGAAUUGAUUUGCUAUAUUUAGCAAUGGCCGACGGAAUGUGUAUUGUAAUGUAGACAUUUUAUAUUUUUAUCGUUUGCUUCACAAUGAGAAAUCUGUCGUCUAUAGUUUGGAAGCAAAUUCCUGGUUUCUUGGCACUUGAAAAAUAAUGAUAUAUGAGCAAAUUAACCAGAAGAUGUAAGUGAUUGAUAAUACUCCAUCAAGAUGAGGACGAUAAAAGAUCCAAAGAAGAAACCAGAGCUGCGGCGACGGACAGAUCUAGUUGAAGAAGAAGAUGAUGCUGCUGAUGAUGAUCGGUCCACCAAAAGUACACCACCAAAGAAACGUAAAACCACAAAAGUUUCAAAAGAGGACAGUUCGAAUUUAAAUGAUUCAGGCAGUUUUGUUGAUAACCAAAGUGACAUUUUGUCUGAGCGCAGCAGUGUAAUCGGUGAUGAUGACGCAUCAGAUAUCUCCUCCCUGAAAAGUACUCCGCCCAAGAAGCGUAAUUAUAAUAGAGUUUUGAAUAAAAGUCCAGAAGUUAAUGGUGAAAUUGUUCAUGAUUCUGAAGAAACUCCUGACAAAAAGAUUAAGUCAAAAAAGAAAGUGAAAAAUUCUGAGCUUAAUUCUGUAGAAGACACAGGAACAAAAGAAAGUCCGGAGAAAAAGUCUCCAAAAGCAAAGAAAAAAUCAGCAAAACAAUCAAAUAAUGCAGAAACAAAUGAAACUGUGGAAGGGGAAACAGACCCGGUUAAAUCUGAGGUAAAAAAGAAAACUUUGUCAAAGAAGAAGGCAGAUAAGCUUAAAACUGAAAUUAUUGAUGAUGAAGCUGGAGUUAAGAAAAAGACUGGUAGGAAAAGAAAACUUUCAGGCAUUCAAAAUGAAGGCAAUAAUGAAAAAGAAGGAGAAUCAAAAGAAAUCGUAACUAAAGUCAAAAAAGGGAAAAAGACGAAAAAACAGCUGCUGAAAGAAGAAGCUCAGUCAGAACUGAAAAGGCAGACUGAAGAAUUAAGGAAAACUCAUGCAGAAAAAUCUAAUAUUACUGGAAAGUCAGAUGGACCAGAGGCCAGUGAAGAAAAAGUUGCAAAAAGUAAAUCAAAGAAAAAGAUUCAGACACCUCAUAAAAAUAAACAAACUGAAAUUGAAGAGAAUGAUAAAGAUUUGAAUAAUCUUAAUAAAAUGGACGAAACUCUUGCAAACUCAAAUGCAGUUGCUCUAGAUUAUUCUGAUUCUGAUGAUGCUGCAAAUGAUUCAGAUGAAAGUUCUGAUCUUGAUACAAGUUUUGACAGCAUUAAUAGUGAUCGUAAGGCUAAUGAAGGUCAUGAAGGUGAUGCUGAAAAGUUAAACAAUGAUGAAGCUCAUGCUGAGAACAAAUCUGAGCAAAGUAUAAAAUGUGAUGAAUGUGGGUAUGUUUCUCGAAGUAAAGGUGGACAUACAAGGCAUUUAAGAAAAUGUCAACCAGAGAAGUUGGGUUUGGAACCGGAAUUAAACGCCAAACCAAAAUUUCAUAAGUGCGAGGAAUGUGACUACUCUGCUCCAAAACGGGUGCUUGUUAUAAAUCAUAUGAGAACUCAUGGAAUUUAUCAGUGCAAACGCUGUAAAUACCGUGCUGAAAAUGACGAAAUUUUAGAAGAACACUGUGCGCAAGAACACAAAGACCGAAGUGAUUGCAAGUUUUGCAAAAAUUGCAAUCGCUAUGUUAAAUGUAGUGAAAUUCCUCUUGAGAAACACAUGGAGGAAUGUCAAGGGAGAAUUCCUUUUAAAUGUCCGGAGUGUUCGAAAGAGUUUCAGUACGAGUCUUCCUUAAAGUGUCAUGUAGUUUCUCAUUAUCCAGACCAACCAAAACUGUUUAGCUGUGACCAGUGUGAUUAUAAAUCAAACUAUAAAGCAAAUUUGAAAAAACAUGUUCGGCAUAUACAUGAGCAAAGGGGUGAACGUAACGUCAAAUGUACCGAAUGUGACAAACUUUUUUAUACGGAAGAUAAUAUGAAACGCCAUUUGAAACUGCAUUCUGAAGAAAGACCGUAUAAAUGUGAAAAAGAAGACUGUAACAAAGCAUUUAAAACCCCAAAUGGUCUCAAAUUUCAUUUAUUAUCUCAUCAAACAGACCGCCCAUUUCCAUGUGACAUUGAAGGAUGCGAGAAAAGCUUUAAGUCUACGCGGGCACUUGCUCUACAUUUAAACGAAACCCAUCAAAAGGCACCAAAGAAUUUCAAAUGUGAGGAAGAGGGCUGUGAAAUGGCGUUUUACAAGAAAUGCCAUCUUGAUAGGCAUACUGAUGCACACAAAGACAACAGAACCCAUUUUUGCACGUUUAUUACAUGUACAAAGGCAUUCAGGACAGCUGAUUCACUGAAAGUCCAUUUGCUCGUGCACACCGACGAGAAACCCUUGAAAUGCGAACAUUGUGAGUACACGUGCAGACAGAAAAACUCAAUCAGGUUUCACAUGAAGAAAAAACAUCCUGAACUUUUACCUGAUGAUCUCGUAUCUCCAAAAACAUCUUCAUUGAACAGCCAUUCUGUAUCGAAAAGUGAAGUGACAACUGACAGUAUUAGUAAAGCUGACGUAGAUGUGAAGAAUUUAGCAACAGCAAGUUCAGAUUCUUUAAAUAAUACUUCUGAACAAUCUACAACGGUGGAAGGUCACAAAGACACUAAUCAUGAUAAUUCUUUUACAAAAGACUCUACAGAGAGGCCUACACAUGUGGUAAAUAACAGUUGUGAAAACGAAGAGAUGAGAGAAAAACGAUCAUUGGAAAAAUCACAUAAAAACUCUGAAUUAACUUCUGAAAAUAGUGUUAAAUUAACAGACACUAAACACAUGCCAUCAGAGACUGACAUCAGUCCAGCCUCCAUAGUUUCGACCAAUCAAAACCAUUGUAACAGUCAGUCUGCAACAACCUCAACUAAUGAUCUGCAAGAAUUUAAGGAACAUGUAAAAAGGGUAAAGAAAACAGAUAUGUACGAGUUCCAGAGUGAGGAUGAAUCGAGUGAUGAAAUGAAGCCAGGU